AUGUCCCAUGCCAGUCCCAAGGCCGGGCGCCACGGUGGCCGCAGUGUUGUGUCCGAGGCCGUGUCCGAUGCCAGCCCCCAGGCCGGGCUCCACACCACUGCCCAGGGCAGCUCCCAGGCCGUGUCCGAUGGUGGCUCCAAGGCCAGGAUCAACAGUGGCCACAGUGUUGGCUCCCAGGCCAUGUCCGAUGGUGGCCCCAAUUCCAGAGUCAGCGGAGGCCGCAGUGUUGGCUCCCAGGCCGUGUCCGAUGGUGGCCCCGAGUCCAGGAUCCACGGUGGCCGUGGUGUUCCCUCCCAGGCUGUGUCCGAUGGUGGCACCAAGUCCAGGAUCCACGGUGGCCACAGUGUUGGCUCCCAGGCCAUGUCCGAUGGUGGCCCCAAGUCCAGGAUCCACGGUGGCCGCAGUGUUGGCUCCCAGGCCGUGUCCGAUGGUGGCCCCGAGUCCAGAGUCAAUGGUGGCCGCGGUGUUUCCUCCCAGGCUGUGUCCAACGUCGGCUCCGAGGCCGCAGCCGGCGCUGACAACGAGCCCAAGGCCAGUGCUGGCUCCUCCAUCAUUGCCCAGGCUGGGCCCCACGCUGAGAUCGAGGCCGAGGUCAUCUCCAGCUCCGCCGGGGAAGUCGAGGCCGGUUCCGAACGGCUCCAGGGGGCCCGGGGGGGCUUCAGCCGCCAGCUGCUGCCGCAGGCACCAGGCCUCGGCCUCGCUGUGGGGGGACAGCGGUGCUGGCGGGCGACGUGGCCGAGCACGGAGGUGGAGCUCGUGGACAUCUGCAGUGUCCGGGACACCCGGACCGGGCGCUUCGCCCGCGCCCCCAAGGACCCCCGCACUCGGGACGCUCUGGGUUUUGGGGUGCCCGGGGGUCCCCCUCCCCACCGGCUCCUGACCGUGGUCCACGGCCCCGACCUCGUCAACCUCGGCUUCCUCAACUUCGUGGCCGUGCAGGAUGGGGAGGCCAAGGUGUGGACGGAGGAGCUGUUCAGGCUGGCCACGAACAUCCUGGCCCGGAACGCGUCACGGAACACGCUGCUCAGGAAGGCGUACACGAAGCUGACGCUGCAGCUGAACUCGGAUGGGCGGAUCCCGGUCAAGAACAUCCUGAAAAUGUUCUCGGCUGACAAGAAAAGGGCGGAGACGGCGCUGGAAUCCUGCGGGCUGAGCUGCAGCCGGGGCGCUGCCAUCCCCCCUGAGCUGUUCCCCUUCGAGACUUUCUGGCGUUUCCUGAACAAACUCUGCCUGAGGCCGGAGCUGGACAAGAUCCUGCUGGAGAUCGGGGCUGCAGGGAAGCCCUACGUGAGCCGGGAGCAGCUUCGGGAUUUCGUCAACUCCCGGCAGAGGGACCCGAGGCUGAACGAGGUCCUGUUCCCCCCCCUGGACCCCGAGGGGACCCAGGCCCUCAUCGAGCUCUAUGAACCAAACAGGACCUUCAGGGAGAGGGGCCAGCUGUCCCUCGAGGGGUUCUGCCGGUACCUGGGUGGGGAUGAGAACGGGAUCGUCCCCCCCGAGACCCUGAGGCUGCACCAGGACAUGACCCAGCCCCUGUCCAGCUACUUCAUCAACUCCUCCCACAACACCUACCUGACAGGGUCCCUGGCCCCGUUUUUGCAGGAGGUGAUCGAGGCCAUCGCUGAGAGCGCCUUCAAAACGUCGCCGUUCCCGGUGAUCCUGAGCUUCGAGAACCACGUGGACUCGGCACGGCAGCAGGCCAAGAUGGCCGAGUACUGCAGGAGCAUCUUCGGGGCCGCGCUGCUGACAGAGCCCCUGGAGAAAUACCCGCUGGAGCCGGGGGUGCCCCUGCCCAGCCCCCAGGACCUGCUGGGCCGAAUCCUCAUCAAGAACAAGAAACGGCGCCCGGGGGAGUGGCACACCUGUCCGUGCCCAGACGUGCCCCUGCAGCUGAACCUGGGCCUGUUCGAGGCCAACGCCGGCUCCGGGUUCCUGCUCAAGCCGGAGCCGCUGCGGCGCCCGGACAAAACCUUCGACCCCUUCGUGGAGGAGAGGCUGGACGGGAUCGUGGCCAACACCCUGAGAGUGCAGGUGCUGUCGGGGCAGUUCCUGAGCGACAGGCGCUGUGGGGUGUUCGUGGAGCUCGAGGUGUUCGGGCUCCCCGUGGACACUCGGCGCCGCUUCCGCACCCGCACGAGCCAAGGGAAUCCCUUCAACCCCGUGUGGGACGAGGAGCCGCUGGUGCUCAGCAAGGUGGUGCUCCCAGCUCUCGCCUCUCUGCGUGUGGCCGCCUACGAGGAGGGCGGGCGGCUCCUGGGCCAGCGAGUGCUGCCCGUGGCAACCCUGCGCUCAGGUUAUCAUUACCUGCCGCUGCGAAACGAGAGCAACCAACCCCUGCUGCUGCCAGCGCUGCUGCUGCUCACCUGGGUGGCCGAUCACGUGCCCCUGGGCCACCAGGAGGUGACCCCGGAGCCGCUGGAGGCGCUGAGGCAGCACCGGGGGUACCUGAAGCUGCUCAAGAGGCAGCGCCAGGACCUGGAGAGGCUCCGGAAAAAACACCUGAGGAGGCUCCUGGCACUGCACAAGCGCAG